UCAUAAUUGUGCUGUCGAAGGAGUUCGCUGUUAAAAGCUGCUGAGUCUUUAUGGGCUGAUUGUUUCUAUAGGAGCCACAAGGACAUAUUAUCUCCAGGAGACAUCAGUCUGCCCAACAUCUCACCUCCCAUGUCACCGGGACGUCUCCAUGGCAAUGUUUAGCAGUGCAGAGAGGCUCUGGAACGAGUCAGACCACCUUGGAUGGGACGAGAGGAAUGAGAGCACGGGGGCACCGGAGCAAGACGAGCGUAACUACUACGCCAUGCUGUACUCCCUGCUCAUCCUGGCCAUCGUGUUUGGGAACGUGUUGGUGUGUCUGGCUGUGCUGAGGGAGCGCUCCCUUCAAACCACCACCAACUACCUGGUGGUCAGCCUGGCGGUGUCAGACCUGCUGGUGGCCUCAUUGGUUAUGCCCUGGGCUGUGUACCUGGAGGUGGUCGGCGGUGCCUGGCUUUUCAGCCGGCUCUACUGUAACAUCUUUGUCACGCUGGAUGUGAUGAUGUGCACCGCCAGUAUCCUCAACCUGUGUGCUAUCAGCAUUGACAGGUACACAGCAGUGGUGAUGCCUGUCUUGUACAACACCACCCAUCGCUCCAGGAAGAGAGUUUUUGUAAUGAUUACCACUGUGUGGGUCCUGGCCUUCGCUGUCUCCUGUCCUUUGUUGUUUGGCUUCAACACCACAGAUGACCCCAUGGUGUGCUCCAUCUCCAACCCCGACUUUGUGAUUUACUCCUCGGUGGUGUCCUUCUACCUGCCAUUCAUGGUCACCCUGUUGGUCUACAUCCGCAUCUACGUCUUCCUCAGGAUGAGGCGGAAGAGGAUCACCUUCGGUCAGGCCAGCGGAAAAGUCCAGCCGGGCUCGACUCCACCGUCUGUGGAGACCUGUCUACAAGAGGAGACUCCCAAGGCGAAGCAAGACCUUUCACCUAUAAGGAUUAACGUGCAGAGUGUAGAGCCCUCAGGUCCCUCCAAGCCCAACCUACUGUCAGGAUGCCUGUGGCGCAAACGCCCAAAGACGGGACCUGUGGAGAACUCUGUGCUGCCCCCAGUGGACAUUCAGAACUACUGCAGCAUCAGCCAUGCCUCCUGCGGCCCCACCGAGAUGGAUCUGGAACAAGAGCGGGGGGAAGAGGAGGAGGCGGAGGAGAACAACCAGAACGAGCGGCCUCCAGUCCGGAUGAGCUGUGAGGUGAAGGAUCUGUCCAACGGACGAACACACACGUCACUGCGGCCGGUGGCUCACUUGCAUACCAGCAAUCCACGAUUCAGGAGCAUGCAUGCUCGGGAGAAAAAGGCCACUCAGAUGCUGGCCAUUGUGCUUGGGGUGUUUCUCAUCUGCUGGCUGCCUUUCUUUGUGACUCACAUUCUGAACACCCACUGCAGGACAUGCUUCGUGCCUCCUGGGCUUUACAGUGCUUUCACCUGGCUUGGGUAUGUCAACAGUGCCCUCAAUCCUGUUAUCUACACCACCUUCAACAUAGAGUUCAGACGGGCCUUCAUCAAGAUCCUCAGCUGCUGAGGAGGACAAGGCGCCAGGAAAUUGAAAUGGAAAUGAGGCACUCGUGCCACAACUCAGACGUGGUGCAUUUAGUAAACAGUGACCACAGAUGUAUGCUGGUCAUGGUCAAGACAAGGAAAUCUGCUUUGUGCCGCGGCACAAAGCAGAAGACGAGGUGAUGCUGUGGUGUGCAAUAAAUGCAAACAGAAGAGGAUUUUCACUCCAAUAAAGACUCAAACCUUUGUUUCUCAACAGGGCUCUAACACCGUUUGAACAGUAUUACUUACAUUUUCACAUGCAUAUAGUCUUAUUGAUAGCACAAGGUAUGGACUUCUUUGUGCAUAUGUAGUGUACAGUACGUGCUCAGUUCCUCAGAUCAGGACUUUCCAAUCAAUGUCAGUUUGGAUGCUCUUUGGGGUCAAAACGGAGCCUGAUAAAUUGAUCGCAGAGCUGUGGGCCACCUCUGUCCUGAGGCCUGCUGCUACCUCACUGUGUGGAUUAACUGAUGUUACUCACCUCCCCCACUCACUGCCUCCUUCAUCAUCAUCCUCAUCACCAUCAGUUGCUCACCAGUGCAUGCACAUAUUAAAAUUCAAGGCCGUUCACUUGAAUUGUGCUGGAAGGAUCGUAUUGGUCCCUGCCAAGACUCAAAUCAUUUCGAAGAUUGUCUUAUAUAUUGAUGUGGAGGCAUUGUCCUCAAUGUGGAACCGUUAGAAUAAAAAAAUGUGAGAUUUUGAUGUAACGCACAGUGGAAACAUUGUCAGUGUUUUUUAAAGGAACUGCCUGUUUAUUGGCUAACCUCCCCCGUGAUUUAGAGCUGCCUCCUGGCUGUACUGAUGCGCUGAUGAAGGCAAGAGCUUUGAGAUCUUAACAAAUCAAGCAGGAUUGUAAAACCGUGUGGUGGGCAGGUCUGUCAUGGACAGAGCA